AUGCAGAGACUCGAGGCGAUAGCCUUUCCGCUAGCCAACCCUAAGUUGUGGCUACGAUACGUUGAUGAUGCUUUCGUUAUCGUGAGGAAGGUCCAACUGGAGCAUUUACACAAUAUACUCAACGCCACACUUCCAGGAAUUAAAUUCACACGCGAAAAAGAAUCCGACGCCAAGCUCCCGUUCCUCGAUGUCCUGUUGCAACGACAGUUGGAUGGAACAUAA